AUGAUAGAUAAUAAUCAGAGCACUAUUGAGCUUUCAAUAGAAGAUUCCAUUAUAGAAAUAAAUAACAACAACUACGAAGAAACCAAAACCCAUGACCUCCAAAUGCUAUCUUCCCAAAUAUUCCGAAAUGACCCCAAAGAUAUUUCUCUCUAUGACUCCGAAAAAGAAAUCCCUAUCACUAUAAGAUCUGAUUGAUUUUCGAAUUUCAGCACAAAUGUAAGGUACCAAAUAAGCGAAGUCCCAAUCAUGCCUAUAUUCGGGUACGAAAAGGUCGAUUUUUCUAUAGGCUCGUCCCCUGUAAUUAUGCUUGCAAAAAAAUAUCAAAUAAAAGAUGAAUUACCAGAAAACGUCCAAUAUAAAUUUUCCCAGGAUUUCAGGAAACUUAUAUGGGUGACGUAUAGGUAUGGGUAUAAGCCAUUAGAAAGAAUUGAAGGGGAAAAUAUAAUUGCUUAUUCCUCUGAUACUGGCUGAGGGUGCACGGUAAGGGUUGGACAAAUGCUGCUUAUGAGGACUCUUCAGCUGCAUUUUUAUACAGAAAGUUAUGAGUGUUAUCAAUUAUUACAGCUAAUUCAAGAAAAUUUAUUGGAUGCCCCAUAUUCGAUACAACAAAUUGCAGCAGUAGGAACUGAGCUAGGAAAAAAGCCAGGCGACUGGUAUUCGCCUUCUACAAUGUGCCAUCAAUUUGCUUAUUAUAAGAAGCACGCUGUGGUUCUUGAAGGACUAUCUCCGCCCCGGAAUGCCCUCUUCGUCUUCUCGCCAGUCAAUCACGAGGAAACUCCUGCCCAGCAAUGGCCUGCACUCCCACCUUAGUUGGAUGAGCCGCGUCGCCGUGCUGUACAUCAAAAAAAGGUUGCCCAUGAAAAUUCAAAAUUGCUGAAUUUUUAGGUCGAUUCUCUACAAAAAAAGGAAAUCCGAAGCUCAGGGCAUAACUUCUGGUUUCACGCUGGAGAGCAGUCCUGAUUGGUCAGAAUGAACACCACUGGCUCUGCUUGGAGACCCCUUUCUAAUUUUCAGACUCAUUCCCUUUGAGGCAAAAACGUGGAUUUGGAGUAUGACUUGUGGCCAGUUAAUCCGACAUUGUGCUUCACUAAAUCAGAGAAAACCUUACCAGAUAAACACUCCCUUCCUCAAGGUCCCUGCUCACUUUUCGGUAUGCCAGCUACAGGAUUUAAGAGGAUGCUGCUUAAUACCGCCAUUUUAAUGCAUAUAUACAAUAUGCCACGCAAUAGACAAACUUUUGACCUUGCACCCAAUUCCUAAGCUGAAAUCCAAAAUUUUUAUGGAAACAAUCAUAUAUAAAGACCAGCUUUAUAGCGUUGCAGGCGACGUCGAUAUUGAUGAUUUUUUAUCUAAUUGUGUUUUAUGCAAAAAAUCUGAAGGUUAUUAUUGUGAAAAAUGCAGAGAAAAACUCAACUCAAUAGAAUGGAACAAAUCAAUGCUGGUCAUGAUCCCACUAAUGCUUGGACUGGGCUCAAUCCAUCAAGAAUACUAUGAAACCUUAAAAUUUUUUUUAAAUAUCCCACAAACUGUAGGGAUAAUUGGAGGAAAACCCAAAUCUGCGCUUUAUAUUGUAGGCUAUCAGAAUGAUUCUUUGUUAUUUUUAGACCCACAUUUGGCUCAGCAAGCUUGUACAAGUGACCAAGACCUUUUAAAUAAAAUUGAGACCUACCAUUGUUCUUCUUAUAAAUUAAUCCCUAUGAGUUCAGCUGAGUCUUCUAUAUCGCUUGGGUAUUAUUUUAGAAAUAAAGAGUCAUUUUUAGAGUUUGAGAGGAUUAUAAGUGAGAAUAGAGAUGCAAUAAAAGGGCUUAUAGGGGUGCAAGAGUUUACGCCGCAGUAUUGUACAGAAGAUUUUGAAGUUCCUGAUAUAAAAACUAGUGAUAGUGAUGAGGAGUAUGUCGUUCUUUAG